AUGGCCCCACGAUUCCAGGAGACGAAGGAGAAAUCGGAGACACCCACCAGACUUUGUAAGAAAACUUCUAAUGACUGUGCCAGUCAUGUCCGCCGCCCCCACCCCCAGCACAGGUCGCAGCGCCCGGCAUCCUCCCACGCUUCCCUCCUGCCCUGCUCGCCGCCGGCCCCCGGCCCCCGGCCUCCUCCCGCUCGGCAGUGGCUAGCAGCGGGGGAAGUCCCGCCUGCGGCUCCCAGACCCCAGCCCUUUGCAGCCUCUCUGAGUGCCCCAUCGCCCCCUCUGAGCUCUCCCGUCGCCCUCCCGCCAACCCUACUCGGUUUUGCUGCCUUCUAUCCCUCCACCCCCAGCAACGCCCAGCUCCCAAGCCUCUUCGCCGGCCCGCCCUGCGACCCCCAGUUCCCCGCUUACGGACCUUGGGAUCUCCGCUGCCGCCGCCGUCGCUGCCACCGCCUGCUGUGCCCGACCCGCCGCUUGCCUCUCUCUGCCGUUCGCCCUGGGACGGGCGGACGGAGCUCGGCUCCGGCGGGCUCAGACCUCCCUGCUCGAUUCUCGGGCGCGGGGGUCUGUGCUCCGCCGCCCAGGAUCUGCCCGGGAGCCGCCCUGGAGCCCCAGGGCCGCGGCGAGCGGGGUCUUGGCCCGGCUAGGGAGAGGCCACUGCGUUGCGCUCUGGUAAGCGCCGCCGCGGCCGCCGCGAACUUAACUUUCACAGAGCAGGUCGCAGCCCCGCUGCUCCCUCCGCGUCAGUUCGGUCCGCGCUGCCUCAGCGCGGCCGCCCUUGCGGCGUCCGGCUCUGCUUGCUGUCCCCGGGCGAAUCGCCUGACUCUCCCGCUCGGGUGCCGGCUCCCUCCGCAUCAGGCCCCGACGGGACAGGGAUCCUCGGGCUGCCGCGCACCACGGGAACGCUUUGUACUUGGAUGCCCAAAGCUAAUUCUCUGUGCUCUCUCGGCCUUGAGAACCUCCACGUUUAGAGGGCCGGGGCAGAAUACUACCACCCCCAGGCUUGCGGGGAAUUUGGGAGCAGGGAUGUUCAAUAUGAGGGCAUUGUCCAUAGAUUCUCUAUUCGGGGCGCUCAAAAACUAA